GCAGCAGCAGACAUGAAGAUCUUCUGGCUUCUGGUGGCUGCAGCAGCCGUCGUUGUCGCCGAGGAGAAGAAACAAACAAAAAGGGGACUUUAUCAGUUUGGAGGACAUGAUUUUGGAGGUCAUGACUUCGGAGAACAUGACUUCAGCAACCACCACCACCACGAGGUGAAGACCAUCACGAUAGAGAAGGAGGUGAAGGUGCCGUACCCGGUCCACGUGGAGAAGAAGGUACCGUACCCUGUCAAGGUGCACGUCGAGAGGCCGGUCCCAUACCCUGUGGAAAAACCUUACCCGGUGACUGUGGAGAAGAAAGUGCCUUACCCGGUCAAGGAGUACAUCCCUAAACCUUACCCUGUCGAAAAGAAGAUCCCUUACCCAGUAAAAGUGCAUGUAGAGAGGCCAUACCCCGUGCAUGUACCCAAGCCUUACCCCGUCUACGUAGAGAAGAAGGUUCCCUACCCUGUAGAGAAACACAUCCCUUACCCGGUCAAGGUGCAUGUCCCCCGGCCUGUCCCCUAUCACGUUCCUGUUGUCAAACACGUGCCUUACCCCGUCGAGAAGAAGAUUCCUUAUCCCGUCAAGGUACCAGUUGAGAAGCCAAUCCCCUACCCUGUGGAGAAGCCUUACCCUGUCUACGUAGAGAAGAAGGUUCCCUACCCGGUGGAGAAGGAGGUGCCGUAUCCAGUCAAGGUUCCGGUUCACAUCCCAGUCCAUGUCCACGAGCAUCAUGAUCACGAUGAACAUCACUUCGGAGGACAUCACUUCGGACACAGUUUUGGACACAACUUUUCUUCCUUCCGGUCCAGGAUCUGCUCUCCGUCCAGCAAUUUGAACCAAUUAAACGUGGAGGUGGAUAUGAAUCAGCUGGAGCAACAAGCAUUCUCACAGCUCCAGGGUCACCCGCACCUGAGUCAUGGGUUAUUACAUUUACUUUGUACUCACAUUAUGAUAUGUUUAAAAUCCAUGUCCAUGACUUCCGUGUUCACUAACGCCGUGGAAUCCCUCGUCCCCUCCGAAGUGAUGUUCCUCAUGCUCAUGAUGCUUGUGGACAUGGACCGGGAUGUGAACCGGAACCUUGACUGGAUACGGCACCUCCUUCUCCACCGGGUAGGGAACCUUCUUCUCUACGUAGACGGGGUAAGGCUUCUCCACAGGGUAGGGAACUGGCUUCUCAACUGGCACCUUGACGGGAUAAGGAACUUUCUUCUCGACGGGGUAGGGCACAUGUUUGACAACAGGAACGUGAUAGGGGACAGGCCGGGGGACAUGCACCUUGACCGGGUAAGGGAUGUGUUUCUCUACAGGGUAGGGCACCUUCUUCUCUACGUAGACGGGGUAAGGCUUGGGCACAUGCACGGGGUAUGGCCUGUCAACUGGAACCUUCACUGGAUAAUGGAUGGUCUUCUCAACUGGGUAAGGCUUAGGAAUGUACUCCUUGACAGGGUAAGGCACUUUCUUCUCCACAGUCACCGGGUAAGGUUUCUCCACAGGGUAGGGGACCGGCCUGUCGACGUGCACCUUUACAGGGUACGGUACCUUCUUCUCCACGUGGACCGGGUAUGGAACCUUCACCUCCUUCUGAAUUGUGAUGGUCUUCACCUCGUGGUGACGGUGUUUGCUGAAGUCGUGGCCUCCAAAGUCUUGACCUCCAAAAUCAUGUCCACCAAAAUCAUGUCCACCGAAAUCGUGUCCACCAAAGUCUCCGCCACUGAAGUCGUGUCCUCCGAAUUCUUCUAUUCCUCUCUUGUCAUGCUUCUUGUCGUCUUGCUUCUCUUCUGCCUUCUUCUCCACCUUUUUCUCCUCGGCGAAGACUACCGCCACCAACAGAAGGACCAGGAGAUACUUCAUAGUAUGGAGGUUCAGCAGGGACUCAAGUUCUUCAACUGGGACGUCUCUGUAGUUGUAGCCACAUCUAACUCCCAUCAUUCUUGCAAAUCUUCUCUGAAUUCGCUACAAGGCCCCAAGAGAGAUCCCUGGGGAACCCCUGAUAAAACUUUCAUGGGUAGAGACUCAGCAUUUGCAAAUCUGACUAUCGAGUGUCUAUUCCUCAGGAUGGCUGCUCUACUGGCAACACUGUGUCUUCUGACGCUGGCCUCCGCCGAACCCUUCCAUCACCACGUCCAACAUCAUCACGAGCACGUCAAAGCCAUCACGGUGACCAAGAAGGUGCCUGUGCCGUACCCUGUCACCGUCGAGAAGAAAGUGCCUUACACCGUGGAGGUGCCAGUCGAUAAACCGUACCCGGUCCACGUGCCCAAGCCGUACCCCGUCUAUGUCGAGAAGAAAGUGCCGUACACGGUCAAGGAGUACGUCCCGCAGCCGUACACGGUCUACAAGAAGGAGCCGUACCCGGUCCAGGUGCCCGUCGACAAGCCGUACCCCGUCCACGUCCCUAAACCUUACCCCGUGGUCGUCGAGAAGAAAGUACCUUACACGGUAGAGAAGCACGUGCCGUACCCUGUAAAAGUGGCUGUGGACAAACCUUACCCUGUCCACGUGCCUGUCGUCAAGCAUGUUCCGUACACUGUAGAGAAGAAGGUGCCUUACAAGGUAGAGGUGCCUGUGGAGAAGCCCAUACCUGUGUCUGUGCCCAAGCCCUAUACGGUCGUUGUAGAGAAGAAGGUGCCUUAUACAGUAGAGAAGCCGGUGCCUUACCCCGUCAAGGUGCCUGUAUAUCACCCUCACCACGAGAUCGGACAUGGGUUUGAGCAUGGACAUCACCACAUUUUUGGUUUUUAGAUUUAUUUCACUGACUGGUUUAUCAUGUACCUUGAUAUGUAAUGAUGUUGUAAAACCUCGUGUACAAAUAAAAUUAAAUUUUGUUUA